UUUCGUCUAGCCACUGCAGUGCAAAUUCAUGAGAGCAAAAAAAAAACAGAGAGAGAGAGAGAGAGAGAGAGAGAGAGAUGGAAGAAGAAGAACGAGAAAACCUGGAAAGCUUCCUGAAAUGGGCAUCUGAGCUUGGAAUUUCUGAUUCUAACCAGCCACCCGAAUCCUCAUCCUGUCUCGGUCAAUCUCUCUGCGUCUCAUUUUUCCCUGAUGCCGGCGGGAGAGGCUUAGUAGCUGCCCGUGAUCUUAGAAAGGGGGAGUUAAUUCUUAGGGUUCCAAAAUCUGCCCUAAUGAUGAGGGAGAGUCUGAUGAGAGACGAGAAACUUUCCGUUGCUGUUAAUAAAUACCCUUCUCUCUCCUCCACUCAGAUAUUUACUGUUUGUUUGUUGUAUGAAAUGAACAAGAGAAAGAGUUCUUGGUGGUACCCUUACCUGAUGGAGUUGCCCCGCAGUUAUGACACCCUAGCAUGUUGGGGUCAUUUUGAGACAGAAGCUUUACAAGUCGAUGUUGCCAUUUGGGCUGCAGAAAAGGCUACAUCGAAGGCUGAAUUCAGCUGGAUAGAAGCUAUUUCCCUCAUGAAAGAACUUAACUUGAAGAGUCGUACCCUUACUUUUAGGGCUUGGGUUUGGGCUUCUGCAACUAUAUCCUCCCGUACAUUGCACAUACCAUGGGAUGAUGCCGGCUGUUUAUGCCCCGUGGGGGACUUGUUCAAUUACGCAGCACCUGGGGAGGAUGCCUUGGAUUCUGAAGAUUCCUUUGUCACUGAUGGCCGAAGUAGUUGGAGAAAUGCCUCUUCUUCUUUAUGGAAUGGAGAAACCACAAAACAAUAUGAUGUUGAGCAGCUUGAUGUAAAUUUGCUAAGGUUAACGGAUGGGGGCUACGAGAAAGAUGUCUCAGCAUAUUGCUUCUACGCUAGAAAAAACUACCAAAAAGGAGGGCAGGUGCUUCUAAGCUAUGGGACGUACACAAAUUUGGAGCUUCUUGAACACUAUGGGUUUCUCCUAGAUGAAAACCCAAAUGACAAGGCUUUUAUUCCCUUAGAACCGGAAGUUUAUUCCUCUUGUUCAUGGCCCAGGGACUCACUAUACAUCCACCAGAAUGGUAAACCAUCCUUUGCCCUACUCUCAGCUCUACGGUUAUGGCUAACCCCUCAGAACCAGAGGCGCUCUGUUGGACAUCUCAUUUAUUCCGGAUCCCAACUAUCAGCUGAGAACGAGAAAAUUGUCAUGGGAUGGAUGGUAAAAAGUUGCAAAGCUGUUCUGAUGAAUUUUGCAACAUCAGUUGAGGACGACAAAUUACUUAUCCGCAAAAUUGACAGAAUGGAAGAUUUUGGAAGGUCGGGGAAGCUUGAGAAUGUCCUGUCGACAUUUGAAGGUGAGGCCCGUGCUUUCCUAGAAAAUAGGUGUUUGAUUAAUGAAGAAAGUGGUGUGAAGCUGCGUGAAUUUAGGGUGAUAAGGAGAUAUAUGGAGAGAUGGAAAUUGGCAGUUCAGUGGAGACUCAGGUACAAGAGGAUUCUAGCUGACUGCAUUACUCAUUGUACUGAUGUAAUCAACAGAAUCGUUUCUGACGAUCGUUCAGCCAUGAGAACUAAGCACCCAUAAUUGGAUGUGAAACAUUUCAAUUUCUUCAUUACAGUAGAUCCCUUUUUUUUUUUUUAUGUAGAUGCUUAGGAGUAGCAAUGUUCCAUCUAUCCACUUCUCUUGAACAGAAAAGGAAAAGCACCUAUUUCUUUGUUUCGUUCCAA